AUGAAGUGGGGAGAUGUGCAAUUGGUUAUAUCAAAUUAUCUUGAGCAGAAAACAGAUUGUGGUGACAUGUACUUCGAGUACGAAGUGAAUGCAAAUGAUCAAUUGUCUCGUGUAUUCUGGGCGGAUGGUAUGGCAAGGAAAAACUAUGGUGCGUUUGGUGACGUGGUAUCCUUUGAUGCAACAUACAAAACAAAUAGGUACCACCUUGUGUUUGUUCCAUUCACAGGAGUAGACAACCACAAACGAUGUGUGACGUUCGCAGCGGCCCUGAUUGAUAAGGAGGAUGUGGAGUCGUACAGUUGGGUAUUAAACCACUUCAAGAAUGCAAUGGGGACUGCUCCACCUAUAGUAAUAACCGAUCAAGACCCAGCUAUGAAGAUUGCAAUUGCAGAUGUGUUUCGCGGUAGUCGUCACCGUUACUGUAUGUGGCACAUUAUGACUAAGGUUGGCGAGAAAGUGGGUGCUGAGAUGUCAAAGAAUAAUGAGUUCCGGAGGGCAUUGAAUAGUGUUGUGUGGAACGAGAAAGCAACGAGAACAGAAUUCGAGAUCGGGUGGAAAUCCGUAAUCGGGAAAUACAACCUACAUGAAAAUCGAUGGCUAACGCGUAUGUACGAGGAGCGUGCGUCAUGGGUGCCUGCAUUUUGCGAUGAUAUGUUCAUGGGAGGGCUGCUACAUACCACUUCCCGUUCAGAGGCGGAGAAUAGGAUUUUCCAGGGUAACAUGAAUAAGCACCUAUGCCUGGUAGAGUUUUUCACCCGUUUCGAGCGUGCGGUAAGAAAACAACGAAAGAACAACCUAGAAUUGACAGCAAGUACCAUCGGACAGACCCUAGUAUUUGAGACAAAACUACGAAUAGAGCGAGCAGCCGCCAGAGUGUACACUUUGACUAUUUUUUAUGAGGUCCAAAAGGAAAUAAGUGCAGGAUGUUUUAAAUGUCGAGUUCGAUCAUACACAGAGGCAGACGGGUUGAAGACAUAUAUGGUUGAGGAUGAAAAUGAGCAACGAUACACAGUCACAAUGCAAGAUGGAAGCAACAUAGCAUGCACAUGCAGAAUGUACGCAAGAGUAGGUCUCCUUUGUAGCCAUGUUUUUGUCGUACUGAAAGAUGAACGUAUCGAUGACAUCCCCCCACAACAUAUUACACCGCGAUGGACGCGAGACGCCGUGAAGCACUCCACCACUGAUACAGACGGAGAUAAAUAG